AUGGCGGAAAUUGGGGGUGCCGAGCCCAUUGACGCUCCUCAAUCUAUGGAAACAUCCGACGGUGACGAAAAGGCAUGGCUAGUUGAGAAAUCUCAGCUUGAACAAGAAAAUUUUAAUAUUAAUCAAGAGCUUUUCGAAGCGAAAGAACGACUUAAAGAUGUCUCGAGGAAGAAUGAGCAACUCGUUGAAGAGCUUGCGCAACACAGUGCCGAAAUCGCGGAAUUCACGAAAAGUAGAAGGCAUUUGGAAAGUGCUAGGAACGAAUUAGUAGAUAAAAACAUUGAACUUGAAGCGAUGAUUUCGAGGCUCAAAAUCGAGAAGGAGGAACGCGAUAACGCGAUAAUUAAUUGUAAUAAAGAAAAACAAGCGGCAAUGGUCGAACUUUUUGCUUUGAAAGAUCAGCUGAAAAUUAUUAGCGAAGAAAAAGCUUCGUUGGCCAUGACCGUUGAAAUGCUCAACCAGGAGAAGCGAACACUCAAUUUUGAACGGGAGAAAUACAAUUCGGAGCGCGAAUUAUUCUCCGAGUCCAAAACAUGGCUUCUUCAUGAAAUGUCAGAACGUGACGCGACUAUUUCAUCACUUCGCAUCGAAUUGAGCUCGAAAGACAUGAAGAUGGCAAAUGAGAAACUUCAACUUGAAUCUGAGAUGUCUACUCUCAAUUUCCAGAUGAAUGAUCUUAAAGAGAAAUUGGAAUUGUCGAAGAAACAAGUCACCGAACUCCAGAAUCGCAUGCAAGAGGCUGAGCUUGAUUUCCACAAUCGAUUGGCGAGUCUUGAAGCUGAGGCUCGCACACAAAACGAGCUCAUCAAUAUCGAGCGUAAUGCUCGCGAUGAAGCUUGGAACACGGCCCAGUCGCUUCGCGAAGAGCUUGUUUCGAAGGAUGCGGUUUAUAAUGAAGUCAGAGAAUGUCUCACACAGUUCCAAGAAGAACUCGAAAAUGAGAAGGCCGCCAACGCUGCCGAGAUUGAGGCUCGAGACAAGACGAUUGCACAGUUGAACGAGGAGCUUAGCAAGAUAAAUGAGCUGAUGAAGAGCAAACAUGCUGUGAAUCUCGAUGUUACCGAACAAGAGCUCGCUGAACUCUCGCCAGCCGCCGCCAACACCGUCAAAAUUCUUAAGGGUGGUAAAACAUUAACCAGUUUUGUUCUGGAGCAAGCCCAUCUUGCCGCGGAGCUCGCUGCACAAAAAGAGCAGAAUGCUGAGCUGAUGAAGAGCUUCCAAGAGCUCAUCGAGCGAAUCGAAGAUAGUGGACCUGAUCUUGUAAAUCAGAGAUUAGUUACUGAGGAGAUUUAUGAGAAGGUGGAACGUUAUGAGGAAGUUAUUAAGGAAGCAGAAAUCGAGCGCACAAAAUUGAUUAGUGAUCGUGAUGCUGCUCAGCGCGAGCUUGCGUUCACUCAGAACGAGCUCGAAAAAUAUCAGCGCGACUUCAACUUUUUGCUGGAGAAAAACGCUCAAUUAAUAUAUGUCAACGAGCGUCAGAAUCGCGCGAGCGAUGAGGAAUGGGAUGAGAACUAUGAGCGAAAAGUGUUCAGCACGAUUGUUGAUCUUCAAAAGCGAAAUGUUCAACUGGAAAAUGACAUUGAGCACGAGAAAAAGAGUGCCGCGCAAGCGGCAAUGGCAGCGCAGAACGCUGAAAUGGUCAAUCUGCGCACACAACUUGCGCACUCUCAAGAAUCCGAGAAACGACUUCAUAAUCAAAUUGAGCAAUUGAAAUUGUCGUUGAAAUCAAUGACUGAACAGGCUGAUCGCCUGAAAGAUCUCGUGCGCGAUAGUGUUUCGGCUUCUGAAGCAAGAAAUGCGCGGAUAAAAGCGGAACAAGCUGUGUCUGAUAAGAUGGUACUUGAAAUGAAGCUCAAUCGACUUGAAGAGUACACGAAGGUUCUCAAGGAAGAACGAGAUAAGAAGGAGACAAUUCUCAAUCAACGAAUUGAAGCUAGCGAAUCGGCGGUUAACAACAUCAAACAGACGAACAUAACACUUCAAGUGAUGCUCGACACACAGAAGGCGUUGACGGCCGAACUUCAACAAGCCAUUGAUUCGUACCAGAAGGAGGCUGAGAAUGCGAACCGCGAACGCGAGAAGCUGCUGACUGCUGAUGUUCAGAAAUCGCAGCAAAUCGAUGAUCUCAAUCGGCGUUUGAUGGAGGCUAGCGAGGCGGUUGGAUGCUAUCGGGUUGAGAAGCGCGCAUUGGAAGAUGAGCUCUCGUUUGUGAGAAAUGAUGUCGCGCGACUGAAGAUUGAGAAUGAGACGCAACGCAAUGUGUUGGCGAGAGAGCAGCAAUUGAUGAUGUCCUUGAACGACAUGUCUACCCGAUUGUCGCGAGUUGAAACCGAAAAGUUGUCGUUCGCCAACACACAGGCUGAGGCUUUGCGAUUUGAGCGCGACAGUCUCAAAGCGUCGUCAGCUCGUCUUGCUGAUCAGUUGACGCGUGCGAAGAAUGACGCGAAACUCAUUCAAUCGAAAUUGGAGCAAGAGCUUUCUGCUGCGCGCGCGCAGCUUGCCGAAAAAGAGCAACAGAUUUCAUUCAAUGAGAGCGAGCUCAGUGUGCUCCGAUCGAAGUUGACUUCGGUUCAGGCUCAGUACACUGGCGCUGACGCGACUGGAAUGACACCGGAUCGAUUGAAGAAGGAGUAUCAACAAUUGAAGACGAGAAAUCAGUUCCUUGAGAAACAAAUCGAUGAGUUGAAAGGGAAACUUAUUGAAAUUGAAGCUGAGAAAGCUAAGAGGGAUAAUGAGACGGCAGCUGUUGAGAAGCACAGCAGUAUUCUGGAGGAGAAUUUGAAGGAGACUGAGAAGAUGGGAGCUAUGGAACGCGAGCGACUUGAAAGCAAACUGGAGAAUUAUGAAAAGGAUCUAACCGCGGCUCGCGAGCAGUUGGUUGAGGUUGCUGGAAAGCGCGACGAGCUCCAGGAGCAACUUGAUAGCACUCGUUGCGAGUUCGAGAAGAAGAUGUUCGACUAUCAACGUGACAUCGACAUUCUUCGAAUGCAGUUGAACGAUUCGAAGGCGCAACGAGAAGAGGCGACGAGCUUUGUGAACGAGGCGAAAACGACGGUGCAGGAGAACGAAGCGAGAAUGAUUGAGAUGAAUCGACACGUUGAAGACGCUAAUCGACGACUCAUGGAAUGCGAAAAUGAGAUUGCACGUCUUCGAUCGCAACUCAAUGACAAAUCGAUGGCGCUUCUCGCUGAGACUGAAGCGAAACGACAGGCUGAUGAGUUGCGAGCGGUUGCCGAGAAUUCGCUUCGCAAGAAGAUUGAGGAGAGCGAGAUUGUUGAACGUGAGAGUCGGCAGAAGCUCGAAGAAUAUAGCGCAAUGCUCAACAAUUUGUCUCAACAGUUUGAAGCGUGCGCCAGUGCAAUUUCAACGCGUUCCACGAAUUCGGAAGAAUCGAUGAUUGCUGGAAGUUCGGAUGACAACGGUUUGGUCGCCAGUUUGACAAAUGUUUUGCAAUUUGUCAGACAAGACAAGGAUAAUGCUUUGAAUCGUGCAUUGAACGCGGAAGUUGAGAUGAGAAGAUUGAGGGCCGAAACCGCCGAGUUCGAGAGAAGCCGUAACGAAAUGCUUGCCAAGAUUAGAGAUUUGGAGACCGAACGAACGGCGAAUGCUGCGGCGCUUGUGGAGAGAGCCAAAUUGCUUGAAAAGGUUGAGGCUUUGAUGAAUGUCCAGAAUUUGAACACACAGUUGAACAAUGAGAAGUUGACGUUGACUGAAACGAUUUCAUCCCUUCAGCAACAGAAAGCUGCUGCUGAGAAGAAAUGCACAACACUCACUGCGAAAUGCAAUGAGAUGGGCAUGAAGAUGUCGACGAUGAACCAGGAGCUGUUGCAGAAGCGCAAGGAGUCUGAGCUUCUUAAGCAGAGGCUUGAAACUAGCGGGCGUGGUCAGAACUCGGCACUUCAAACUCAAUUGGAGCAAGCCAAGGCUCUUAUUGCGCAGGUGAAGGAGGAAGCGGCGAAGGCUGAGGAGCAAGCGAAGGCUGCCGAAAAAUUGAAGAUCAAGGCGGAGGAAAAUGCUAAACAAUACCAGCAGAAGUUCAAUCAGACACGACAAUUGGCAUUGAAGUAUCGCGAAGAGGUUUGA